AUGGCUCAACAAUUACUUGAAAAGGCGAAGGAACCAAACGUCAUCCAAGCACUAGUUGAGAUUGAAAAUCUCAGAACCAAGAAUGCUCAACAGUGGGUACGUUUAGAUGCUGAACAAUUGUUCGAUUUUCCAAUCUUGACACUGGACUUUAUAAAAAACCUUACAGUUGACACCGAGGAAGCUAACGUUAAUGUGACGAAGCUGAUUAAGCUGCCGCCUUUCUGGCGUGAGAACCCGAUGUUAUGGUUUGCCCAGGUCGAGGCUGGAUUUGCAUUGUCACAAAUAACGAGUGAUGAGUCAAAAUUCCGUGAGUCGAAACUCCGACGAUUGCUGCAGGGAUUAGACCUUGGUGAAGAGAGGCCGUCUUAUUGUCUACAACGUCUUCGAAAUUUAGCAGCAGGACAAUGUUCCCAUUCAGUUUUACGCACUCUAUUUUUAGAGCGAUUGCCUGAUCCUGUCCGAGGAAUCCUCGCCGCCAACGAUACGGCUGAUUUAGUCCAGCUCGCACUUCAAGCUGAUGAAAUCAUGGAUUACACAAGAGGUGCCCCGCGAAUCAACGCCGUGAAUUCUUUGUCAAUACCGGAUCAUUCAACUGAAAUUGCCGAAUUGCAUCGCCGUAUUGAGGAGUUGACACGUCAACCGGAGCACACCUUGACAACAAAAGACAGCCGUAUGCUACUACCAUUCAAAAUUUGGAAACAAUGCGAAGAAAUGUCGACAACCAUGUGCCUGGCCUGGCACACCACCGCCGUCGGGAAACUGAAUCAGCCAAACCGCAUCGAGGCAAGCGGAGAGACUAACCAAGCUGAACGAUGCCUCAUCAUUACAGACGCCACAUCCGGAAUGCGUUAUUUGGUGGAUUUGAGGGCCGAUGUCUCCGUGUUGCCACGCAAAGCAGCCAGAGAGAACUCGAUAUCAAAAACAUAUCAACUUUUUGCGGCAAACGGAUCAACUAUCGCUACAUACGGCGAAAAGCUAAUUGCAGUCGAUCUUGGCAGACGCCGUAAAUAUGAGUGGAUCUUCAUCGUUGCGAACGUGACGCAGGCAAUUUUAGGUGCCGAUUUCUUCACACAUCAUAAUCUGAUGAUCGACCUUCGGUGA